AAGGUAAAAGGAGGCAACAUAGAUGUGCAUCCAUCUGAGAAAGCCCUCAUUGUCCAUUAUGAAGUGGAAGCAACAAUUCUGGGAGAGAUGGGAGAUCCCAUGCUGGGGGAGCGCAAGGAAUGUCAGAAAAUCAUUCGGCUAAAGAGUCUUAAUGCAAAUACAGACGUUGCUUCCCUGGCUCGAAAGGUUGUUGAAGAAUGCAAGCUCAUUCACCCCUCCAAACUUGCAGAAGUAGAACAGCUGUUGUACUAUCUACAGAAUCGCAGAGAUGCCUCAGCAGGAAAAGAAAAGAAAGAGAAAUCCAGUAAGCCAAAAGAUCCACCCCCAUUUGAAGGAAUGGAGAUUGAUGAAGUUGCCAAUAUCAAUGACAUGGAUGAGUACAUUGAGUUACUGUAUGAGGACAUUCCUGACAAGGUGCGUGGCUCUGCCCUCAUUCUGCAGCUGGCAAGGAAUCCUGAUAAUUUGGAAGAACUGCUUAUCAACGAAACUGCCCUGGGUGCAUUGGCUAGAGUGCUGAGGGAAGACUGGAAACAAAGUGUGGAACUUGCUACCAAUAUAAUUUAUAUUUUCUUCUGCUUUUCAAGUUUUUCUCAAUUUCAUGGAAUAAUCACACACUACAAAAUUGGAGCUCUGUGCAUGAAUAUCAUAGACCAUGAACUGAAGAGACAUGAGCUUUGGCAGGAAGAACUUGCUAAAAAGAAGAAAGCUGUUGAUGAAGAUCCUGAAAAUCAAACCCUGAAAAAGGACUAUGAGAAAACUUACAAGAAAUACCAAGGGCUGGUUGUCAAGCAGGAACAGCUACUCAGAGUUGCACUUUACCUGCUUCUAAAUCUUGCUGAGGAUACUCGCACUGAGCUGAAGAUGAGAAACAAGAACAUUGUCCAUAUGUUAGUGAAAGCACUGGACCGUGAUAAUUUUGAGCUGCUUAUCCUGGUUGUAUCUUUCUUGAAGAAACUCAGCAUUUUUAUGGAGAACAAAAAUGAUAUGGUUGAAAUGGAUAUUGUUGAAAAACUUGUGAAAAUGGUACCCUGUGAACAUGAAGACUUGCUGAACAUCACUCUUCGACUGUUAUUGAAUCUCUCCUUUGACACAGGCCUGAGAAAUAAAAUGGUACAAGUUGGUUUGCUUCCCAAACUCACUGCACUUCUAGCAAAUGAAAACUACAAACAAGUAGCAAUGUGUAUUCUGUAUCACAUAAGCAUGGAUGAUCGCUUUAAAUCAAUGUUUGCAUACACAGACUGUAUCCCACAGAUAAUGAAGAUGCUUUUUGAAUGUCCUGAUGAGCGAGUUGACCUGGAACUUAUCUCCUUCUGUAUUAACCUUGCUGCUAACAAAAGAAAUGUACAACUUAUCUGUGAAGGAAAUGGUUUGAAAAUGCUAAUGAAGCGGGCUUUGAAAUUUAAGGACCCAUUGUUAAUGAAGAUGAUCAGGAAUAUUUCACAACACGAUGGGCCAACAAAAAGCCUAUUUAUUGAUUAUGUUGGUGAUUUAGCAGCUCAAAUAUCAAAUGAUGAAGAGGAGGAAUUUGUGAUUGAAUGCUUAGGAACACUUGCAAAUUUGACCUUACCAGAUCUGGACUGGGAACUUGUGCUGAAAGAAUACAAACUUGUUCCGUACCUCAAGGAUAAACUAAAACCAGCAGGUUCUGCAGAAGAUGACCUUGUUUUAGAAGUGGUGAUAAUGAUUGGAACAGUUUCUAUGGAUGACUCUUGCGCUGCUCUGCUGGCUAAAUCUGGAAUCAUCCCUGCGCUCAUUGAGCUUCUAAAUGCUCAGCAGGAAGAUGAUGAGUUUGUCUGCCAGAUCAUCUAUGUAUUUUAUCAGAUGGUCUUCCACCAAGCUACCAGAGAUGUCAUUAUCAAGGAAACCCAGGCUCCAGCAUAUCUUAUAGACCUGAUGCAUGAUAAAAAUGCUGAAAUUCGCAAAGUUUGUGACAACACUCUGGAUAUUAUAGCGGAAUAUGAUGAGGAAUGGGCUAAAAAAAUCCAGAGUGAGAAAUUUCGAUGGCACAACUCUCAGUGGCUGGAGAUGGUGGAGAGUCGGCAGAUGGAUGACAGUGAGCAGUACCUGUAUGGCGAUGAUCGUAUUGAGCCCUACAUCCAUGAAGGGGAUAUUCUGGAAAGACCUGACCUCUACUACAAUGCAGAUGGCCUGAUAGUCCCUGAUGGAGCAGUUAGUCCGGAUUUCUUCGGUGACUACCAUCUUCAGAAUGGAGACCUUGUUGGGCAGCAUCCCUUCUCUAGCAGGUUUGGAGCAGAAUGCAAACAGAUCGUAAGCAUUGGAGUUGAUGGAUUUGGUCAAUCACCAGGGGUUCCUGGCCGCCCAGCGACUGCCUAUGGAUACCGCCCAGAUGAACCUUACUACUACAGCUACGGGGCACGGUAAAACAGCUCACUUUGCAGCCCAGGAGGCUGCCACCUGCCCUGGACCAGCCAGCAUGUGCGUGGCCAGCAGUAGAUCUACCCCUUGGUAAUGCAUGAUUGUACCACAAUGGGUCCAUCGUUAUGUAUCCUUUGGCGUGUGUAGCUCCUGAUAAACCUAGCCUUUCUGGGCCCAGUGUUCUAGUGACAGUGUUUACUCUUUGGUUGAUCUUUGUUAUCAUUUUUGUACAGUAUUUGCUCUGUGACUUGAAAGCAAGAAUUGGAAAGCUGCUGGACUGGAAAGUGUCACAUUAUGUAUAUUAAGCUACUAAUUUAAUUUCUAUUAAAUAUAAAAACCUGUGUGGUCAGUGGUGGUGAA